AUGUCUUCAUACACCAGAGAAACAGACGGUGACCAAAUCGCCUCCGACCUCUCCUCUACCAUCAAAGGAAAAUCCAUCCUGAUAACAGGCGUCUCUCCCGGCGGUCUCGGCGCCGAAUUCGCAAUCACAAUCUCCAAACAUUUCCCCCGACUCCUGAUCCUAGCAGGUCGUGACGUCAAAAAAGCAGAACAAACCGCCGCAAAAAUCGCAGAAGUUGCUCCCACAGUGGAAGUCCGUACUCUAAAACUUGAUCUCGCAUCGCAGUCUCAGGUGAGGGAAGCCGCUCAGGAAGUUAAUGCGUACAAAGAACCGGGCUAUAUCGAUGUACUGGUUAAUAAUGCGGGUAUAAUGGCUACGAUGCCGUAUACACAGACCGUUGAGAGGAUUGAGAGUCAAUUCGGGACGAAUCAUAUUGGGCACUUUUUGUUUACGAAUUUGAUUAUGGAGAAGUUGAUUGGAGCGGAUGGAAGUGCUAGGACGGCGAGGGUGGUUAAUGUUUCAAGUGACGGGUAUCGGUUGGGACAUGUCAGAUUCGAUGAUUGGAAUUUUGAUAAUGGAACCACAUAUAACCCCUGGCGAGCAUACGGACAAUCCAAAACGGCGAAUAUGCUUUUCUCUCGAUCACUAGCCGCAAAGCUGGCGGACCGAGGAUUGAUUUCUGUCAGUCUGCAUCCCGGGGUUAUCCUAGACACAAAUCUGAGCGGUCAUUUAGACGCCAGUGGAUUUCAAGGAUUGCUCGAGGUAGAUCGACAACAAGGUAACAGGAAAUACUGGGGCCCAUUCAAGGGCAAAACUCCUCUACAGGGUGUAUCAACGCAUGUAUUUGCGUCGUUUCAUGAUUCUAUUAUGUUGACUAAUAACAACGGAGUCUAUCUAGAAGAUAAUCGAGUCUUUCGUCCUGAAGAAGUGCUCACCUGGGGACGAGAUGAUAUCGAAGCUCAGAAGUUAUGGAAGUUGAGUGAGGAGCUUGUUGGUGAGAAGUUCUUGUAUUGA